AUGAUCUCUGCACAGCAGCCACCACUCCCCAGCAAAAUUCAAAGAGUAAUGGACUGCCAAACUGAGGAAGAAGAAACCUGUGAAGACCAGUCUGACACUGAAAACUGCCUCUGCAGCUCCAAGCGUGCAUCAUCAACAGCAGAAUCUAACUCAGAUUCACCAGAAAUUCUUAAAAUACUACAGAAUUGGGUCCCUAGAGUUUCCCCCUACUUUGAUAAAGAGCACUACACGUACGUAGGCCACCAGAUUGUCAUUCAGGAGUCCAUAGAACACUUCGGAGCCGUGGUGUGGCCGGGGGCACUGGCUUUAUCUCAAUAUCUGGAAUCAAAUCAAGAACAAUUCAACCUCAAAGACAAGAAAGUUUUGGAAAUUGGUGCUGGAACAGGCUUGGUUUCCAUUGUGGCCUGUAUCUUAGGAGCUUAUGUUACAGCUACUGAUUUGCCUGAAGUUCUUGAAAAUCUCUCAUACAAUAUUUCAAGAAAUACACAGAACAUGAAUAUGCACAAACCUGAAGUGAGAAAACUGGUAUGGGGAGAAGACCUCAAUGAAGACUUCCCUGUAUCAACUUACCAUUAUGAUUUCAUACUGGCAACUGAUGUUGUAUACCAUCAUACAGCUUUGGACCCCCUGCUAGCAACAAUGGUGUAUUUUUGUAAGCCAGGAACAGUAUUGCUAUGGGCAAACAAAUUCAGAUUCAGUACAGACUAUGAAUUUUUGGAAAAAAUUCGCAACAUAUUUAACACAACAAUUCUAGCAGAAUUUCCAGAAUCAAAUGUCAAGCUGCUUAAAGCCACAGCAAGAGAGAAUUAA